AUGGCAAUGAUGUCUAUCUUAUUCCAUGUCCUGCUGGAACGACUAACUGAUCUUGCUACUGAAGCAGAUCGAGGUAUGCAGUUCAUUCAAAGCCGCAGAAUCGAAAGAGAUCCGUUUGGUUUGCUCGAUCACGUCAUCAUGGACAGUUGUUGCACCAACACCACCAUUUGUAAUGGUGAACUCAUGCAUGGACUACGUCAAGCUGAGAAAGAGCUCGAUAUGCAUACUAACGUGGGCAGCAGAGUUCUCGAUGAAGAAGGGUUUCUAGGAAGAUUUCCGCCUCCAGUUUAUUAUGAUGAAGACGGAAUUGCCAAUGUACUUGCUAUGCACGAGAUGAUUGCUGCGGGAUACCGCAUUACCAUGGAUACUGAUUUUGACAAUGCCUUUGUUGUGCAUUGCGAUGAAGACAGACAGAUGCGAUUUGUGAAUUGUAAGGGUGUAUAUGUGUUGAAGCAACUUGGAGCGAAUGUCGAACCAAGUGCCAAAAAGCCAAGUGCGAUGUAUUGCCAGUUAAGCAACGUAAAUAAACAACCCCAUUUCGAACUUUCUUCAAAACAGAAUGGAUAUGCUGGACUCGGGAUGUCUGCGAAGAUGGCAGCGGUUCGAAAGAACAAGGAAGGAUUCACUCCAAGACAAGUCAAGGCUGCGAUGGAAGCGAGAAGUGCGAUGCACAUACUCAAUGCUCCAAGCACCAAAAGUUUGAAGUAUGCGAUCCGAUCUGGCUUCAUCAAGAACUGUCCUAUCACUGAAGAAGCGAUCAAUCAUGCCGAAGCAAUCUUUGGACCUGACGCCUCUACAUUGAAAGGCAAGUCAACAAGACCAACUCCGAAGAAGACGUACGACGACUUCUUCAGUCCACCAGAGGAAUUGUAUCAGCACAAUCGAUCUAUUACCGUCUGUAUUGAUCACAUGGAGAUCGAGAAUGCUAAGUUUCUCACCUGCAUUGAUACCACUGUGCGUUAUCGCUCAUGUAUUCCCAUGCAGAACCUGAAGACUGACCCUGUAUUUGACGCAUUGGAUAAGAUAUUCCGCCGCUACAACAAGGCAGGCUUUCAAAUCAAGAUCAUCAAGUGUGAUUGGGCAUUCAUUUCUCUCACGGAUGAUAUGGGUGUUACUCUUGACCCGACUGCAGCUGGAGACCACGAGCCUACAGCUGAGCGAAAAACGUUGUCCCUUCGUAGGUUCAAUGUAGAUCGCUUCAAUACUUCGCGGUUCCAUCGAAUUGUUGGAAUCCGUCCAAAUUGCAUGAACAUUACUGUCCAAGCUCAGCAACCAUGUCAUUCUUGUAGUUGA